CGGCAGCGGCACUGGCAGUGGCAGAAGCAGGCAUAUGCGAAGUGUGUUGUUCCGUCUGCCUGUAUAUGUGUGUAUAUUUUUGGAGAGUUCUUUGAACCGGCGGACAGCCAGACAACAAAGGCAGUUAAAUUGUGGUGCAUGCAGUUACCAUUGAGGAUUCUUUGACCUCUCAUCUCCGGCGGUGCGCAAAUAGCGCGCCGCUCCAGGACCUCGAUUUGCGACACAAUCGUCGUCGGUUGUCGAUCGUUGACAUCAAUUUGCGGGCAGGCAAACUGUGCCACAGACGCUAGUGAUUCUUGCAGUUUCUAGAAUGCUAAAUCCAUGACCUUGCUCUUGGUGAUGAUGAUGAUGUUGAUGAUGAUGAACUUCUAGGUGUGAGACUUUAAAUGAUGCAAACAGUUCAAUUAGUCAGCAUUAGAAUCAGUGUGACUCAGUGUUUAUUUCACCGAAUUUUCUGAGACGUCAUUUUCAGUGUAAAUCUAUUCCGCAUUUAGUUCUGGGCUCCCGGGAUGUGCAAUGCCGCGUGUUUCGUGUGAAGACUGUAUAUGGGGAAACCUGAUGAGAUGUACUAAGACGAACUAUGAUGGUUGCGGAAUUUGUAACACGACAACAGAACGGUUCGCCAAUCAACGGUGAAAUACCCGGUCAGAAUCACAACAACUCCAACAUGCCCGCACACAGUGCCUUGCUAAUGGGUAGCGACUCUACCGGACGCGGAAGCCCCGUCAGCCCGGGCUCAGACUACAAUGGCAACGGGUAUGAUCUGGCGUCGCAUCUACAGCGCAAGGAGCUUUUCUCCCAGCGCAAGCAACGCGAGUUCAUCCCAGACAAUAAAAAAGACGACAGCUAUUGGGACCGUAGACGCCGCAACAACGAGGCGGCCAAGCGAUCUCGCGAGAAGCGUCGCUUCAACGAUAUGGUUCUGGAGCAGCGUGUCGUCGAACUGACCAAGGAGAACCACGUGCUGAAGGCCCAGCUGGAUGCAAUCAAAAACAAAUACAAUAUUUGCGGAGAGAAUUUGGUAAGCGUUGACCAGAUCAUGGCAACCCUGCCGACCAACGAACAGGUGCUGAGUUCGACAAAGCGUGUGAAAAUCAACAGCACCGCACCGAUAGUAUUCCCACUGGCAAGGACUCCGGUACCGCAGCCUUCAUUAACACCACAACCCGUGCCGGUACAGGUACCACAGCAUCAUCAUCAGCCUCACGCACCUCAGCAAGUUUUACAACAGCAGCAGCAGCAGCAGCAGCAACAACAGCAGCAACAGCACCCGACCCAGUCCCAGCCACCCCAGCAACAAUCACAGCAAGCCGCAGUCAUUCACCCCAAUCCAAACAUCGAAUCUCCCCCGCCGCCACAAUCGAUCGCCUCCCAGCUGCAGCAGAUCACAAUCCAGCACACAAACUCACACUACAGUCACCACCACUCGCCUGCCGCCAUCUACCGUGAGUACGAGCCACUGACCAACGGCAGCGGUAGCAGCCGGUGUGAUAGUAAACAGCGCGACUCCGCCAUCCGGAGUCCCCUUGCCAGAGUCGACCUGCUGGAGCGUGAUGAACAUCGCAAUGAAUCGUUGGUCGAUCAGCGCGACCGAGACCGUGAUCGUGAACGUGAACACGAUCGCGACGACGUUCCUGCCCUGCCGGUUCCUACCUUCGGCUCGACAAACUCGCACAUCAGCGGACCGCACAUCUCGCACCAUCCGUACGCCGGUCCCUACUCUAUUCCGAACUAUCCGGUCAGCUAUGCCAACAAUCUCUACCCGUCGCCACCGCGAGAGAUCAACGCCCUGCUUACCGCCAACGUCCUAAACCUCAGCCGUCGUGCUCCGUCCCCGUACGAAACGUCCAACGGAACGGGCUCGAACAGCAGUCACAGUAGUUCCGGUGACGAUGAGCACGAGCGCGAACAAAUUCACGAUCACAACAACAGCCUACCGGUCAAGCUGAGGCACAAAUCACACCUAGGCGACAAGGACGCAGCCACCGCCCUCCUGGCCCUGCAAAACAUCAAGCAAGAGCCCCAGCUGCGAGCCUCCUCGCCCUGGGACGAUGGCGAUGGUUCCUCCGAUGAGCGCGACUCUGGCAUCUCCACGGAAUGGCCAACCAAGGCGGAACAGAAAAUGAUGGUUCCCCUUCCGUCAUCACCUCCGUCCAUUUCGGUGUCUCCGAUCGCGUCGAACGUGGCCAUUGCCGGCCCAGCGGGUAACAUGAUCGGCGGCAAGAUAACCUCGAUUCCGGCUUCCGUCGUCAUCAGCAAGAAGGCUGAGGAAAACAUCCAUCUCCAGUCGAAAUUGGCCCGGCUGGAGUCGGAAGUGGCCACUAUCAAGAACAUGAUGAUUUCCAACACUACUGGCAGCGGAUUUGGUGUCACAGCCGCGGCUCAAUGACGGAAGCGGAACGCCUGGAAUCGGGAGAUUUAGUUCGGUGUGGUCCGUAGCUCACAAUUGUGAUGAAGAAGGAACAACCGCGAAGGUGCGAAAAGUGGAACUGUGUAAACGGGAAAAGAAAGCAGAAGCAAAAAUAGGCACGCCUUUCAGCAGUAAGAUAUGGUGGAAUGUGUUUUUUUAUAUAAGCAAGAAGAGAAUAUUUAUUACUACUUAUUAAGCAGAAAGAUAGCAUUUUCGUCAGUUGUUAUUUUUGUUAGAUAAGCAUGAUCUGCUUAAGCGAAAGUUGAACUGACCGAUAAUGGUAAAGUGAACUGAUAAGGCAGCUGUAUGGGAGAAGGGAACAGAGUGCGCAAGGAAUAAUAGUCCAUGUUCGAUAGCCUAGUUUUUUUUUCCUAACGGAGCUGCUUGAAGCAACCACACAAAGAAAAGCCAAGCAGCCUUUAUCUUCAGGGAAGAUUGUGUAGCACAGAAUGCCACAGGCGAACAGAAGCAAACUUCAAGCAGCUGCUGGAGAGGUUUUGUAUAUACCAGCUUUAUCAAACUGGCUGGCACCGAGUUUCGGAAAUGUGAUAUAUUUUUUUGUUUGCUAUAUCAGUUUGAGGAAUGCAACCUUCAUUUGAGGUCACUGCUUUAAAAACGAAGCGUGAACUCGAACGGAAGGUGGAUUUUAAUUUAUUUAUCGUCCUAUAAGUACCACAGUUAUGUAGCUUGUAAGUGAUAACAGAAGAAAUUUGUGAAAUUUCCACUCGUACUGUUAUAUCUUUGACGCCAUCACCGGGAUAUAAAACUAGGUGAUAGUGCAGGGCUCCGCACUGCGGAAGGCCCCAAAUCCUACGAGAUCGACGGCGCAGUUAUUAGCGAGUUUUUUUUACCUUUGUAUGAAGCAUAAACAUCAAAUUGAUUAAUCGAGUAAAUUUACUUUCCACAAAGUUUAGCCGACUUUCAGAACUGAUCUUAAAAACACUACUUACAAAAUAACUAAUUCUGUACUACUCACUAUGCAGUAGCUAUUAUUCGGUAGUUUUAAAAUUGUCAUUUUAAAUUGUAAUUAAGUGAAGAUAUGAGAACAUCAAGUGUAUAAUUUGUAUCAAAUUUAUGUAUUUAAAUAUAUAUAUUUUUAAAAAAAGUCA